AUGUCAUUACAGACGUAUGACCCAACGAUAGAGGAUGCCUAUCGUAAGCAGCUUAUAGUGGACAACCGAAUGUGUUUCGUGGAGGUGAUUGAUACUGCCGGCCAGGAGGAAUACGCCACGUUGCGAGAUCAGUGGGUCCGUGAGGGCCAAGGCUUUAUUUUGGUGUAUUCGAUUGCAUCACGUUCAACUUUUGAUCGACUGGAAAUAUUCCGUCAGUCGAUGCGGAGAGUGAAAAGAGGCGAUCCGAUUUUUAUGCUGGUGGGGAACAAAUGUGAUAAGACGUAUGAACGCGAAGUCUCGAAGGAGGAAGGCGCCGCUCUCGCUCGGCAUUUUGGCUGCGAGUUUAUUGAGACCUCUGCGAAGACAGCACAAAAUGUGGAACGAUUAUUCACGAACCUUGUUCGUGCCCUUCGACAAACUAAAAACAUAGACUCUGGUCCUACAAGCGGUCCAACGAAGUCGAAACGUAGUAAAGGGUGUAUUAUCUUGUAG